GGAGUCCCUUUCCGGGGGCUACUGCCGGUCCCAAGCCAGGAUAAAGGAGGAGGGUUGGGCAUAGGGUUAGCGACCCCAUCCCGUAGAAAACUAACUCGCUAAAAAAACGCUAACCAGAAAAAAUUAUUCAAACCAUUUAAACUCUGCCCUGGGAGUCAGGAGGUCUUCGUUUAGAAGAAUUAUGACGCCUCAUGAUGAAAGCCGAGUUUCUUCGGAAGUCACGAGGCCGAUGCCCCUUCUGACAACUAGAGCAACCAUUUAUUUAGGUACAUGGAAUGCUCGCACAAUGUGGGAGACUGGGAGAGUUUUCCAAAUUGCUGCAGAAAUGAGGAGAUACAAUUUAGAGGUGCUUGGGAUCAGUGAAACACAUUGGACGCAAGUUGGACAACAACGACUAGCUUCAGGGGAGCUGCUGUUAUACUCCGGACAUGAACAAGAAAAUGCCCCACAUACACAAGGAGUUGCAUUGAUGCUGUCCAAACAAGCACAAAAUGCACUUAUAGGAUGGGAAUCUCAUGGACCAAGGAUCAUCAAAGCCUCAUUCGAAACAACGAAAUAGGGCAUUACAAUGAACGUCAUCCAAUGCUACGCGCCUACCAAUGACUACAAUGAAGACGCUAAAGAUCAAUUCUACGAUAGGCUGCAGUCAAUCGUCAAGAAGUGCCCAACAAAAGACCUGACUAUUCUAAUGGGAGACCUAAAUGCCAAGGUUGGAACUGACAACACCGGAUAUGAAGAGAUCAUGGGACGACACGGACUCGGAGAAAGGAACGAAAAUGGUGAGAGAUUUGCAAAUCUAUGUGCCUUCAAUAAACUGGUCAUAGGCGGGACUAUAUUCCCACAUAAACGCAUACACAAAACCACAUGGACUUCACCGGAUCACAGCACACAGAACCAAAUCGACCAUAUCUGCAUCAACAAAAAGUUCAGGAGGACGAUGGAGGACGUGAGAACAAAGAGAGGAGCUGAUAUAGCAUCAGAUCAUCACUUGCUGGUCGCCAAGAUGAAAUUGAAACUCAAGAGGCACUGGACAACGGGGAGGACAAUAUCACAAAAAUUUAAUACGGCUCUUCUUCGGGAUACUGACAAACUCAAUAAAUUCAAGAUAACCCUCAGCAAUAAGUUCCAAGCCUUUCAUGAUCUACUCAAUGGAGAAGGAACUACUAUGGAGAGCAACUGGAACGAGAUAAAAGAGGCAAUCACUUCAACAUGUCAUGAGGUUCUGGGCCAAAAGAAGCACCAUCACAAGGAUUGGAUCACGGUCGAUACACUGGAUGAGAUUCAAGAAAGGAGGAACAAGAAAGUAGCAAUCAAUACCAGUCGAACAAGAGCAGAAAAAGUCAAGGCACAGGCUGAAUACACAGAAGUAAACAAGCAAGUGAAAAGGAGCAUCAGAACCGACAAACGUAAAUAUGUGGAAGAUUUGGCAAUUACGGCGGAAAAGGCUGCAAGAGAAGGAAACAUGAGACAACUGUAUGACACAACAAAGAAACUCUCCGGAAAUCACCGUAAACCAGAACGACCAGUGAAAAGCAAGGAAGGCAAGAUAAUCACCAACAUUGAAGAACAACGAAACAGGUGGGUAGAACACUUCAAAGAACUCUUGAAUCGACCAGCCCCACUGAACCCACCUAACAUCGAAGCAGCACUCACGGACCUCCCAAUUGAUGUUGGCGCACCGACAAUUGAAGAAAUCAGCAUGGCUAUCAGACAAAUCAAGAGUGGCAAAGCAGCAGGACUAGACAGCAUUCCAGCAGAGGCACUGAAAGCAGACGUAGCGGCAACUGCAAGGAUACUCCAAACUCUCUUCAAAAAGAUCUGGGAUGAGGAACAGGUACCGAGAGACUGGAAAGAAGGACUUCUAGUCAAAAUACCAAAGAAAGGCGAUCUCAGCAACUGUGACAACUACAGGGGAAUCACUCUUCUUUCAAUACCGGGAAAAGUCUUCAACAGGGUAUUGUUAAACAGGAUGAAGGACUCCGUAGACGCCCAACUUCGAGACCAACAGGCUGGAUUCCGUAAGGAUAGAUCGUGCACAGACCAAAUCGCAACUCUACGGAUCAUUGUGGAACAAUCAAUUGAAUGGAAUUCAUCACUCCAUAUCAACUUCAUCGACUACGAAAAAGCAUUUGAUAGCGUGGACAGAACAACCCUAUGGAAGCUUCUUCGACACUACGGCGUGCCUCAGAAGAUAGUCAAUAUCAUACAGAAUUCCUAUGAUGGAUUAAACUGCAAGAUCGUUCAUGGAGGACAGUUGACAAAGUCGUUUGAAGUAAAGACCGGUGUUAGGCAAGGUUGCUUACUCUCACCCUUUCUCUUUCUCCUGGUGAUCGACUGGAUCAUGAAGACAUCAACAUCUGAAGGGAAGCACGGGAUACAGUGGAUAGCUAGGAUGCAGUUGGAUGAUCUAGACUUCGCAGAUGAUCUGGCUCUUCUAUCGCACACACAACAACAAAUGCAGGAGAAGACAACCAGUGUAGCUGCAGCCUCAGCAGCAAUAGGUCUCAAAAUACACAAAGGGAAAAGCAAGAUUCUUCGAUACAACACAACAUGUACCAAUCCAAUCACAAUUGACGGAGAAGCUUUGGAAGAUGUAAAAACCUUUACAUAUUUGGGCAGUAUCAUCGAUGAACACGGUGGAUCUGAUGCAGAUGUGAAGGCACGGAUUGGCAAAGCAAGAGCAGCAUAUCUACAACUGAAGAAUAUCUGGAACUCAAAACAAUUGGCAACCAACACCAAAGUCAGAAUUUUCAAUACAAAUGUCAAGACAGUUCUACUGUAUGGGGCGGAAACCUGGAAAACUACGAAAUCCAUCGUCCAAAAGAUACAGGUGUUUAUUAACAGUUGUCUACGCAAAAUACUUCAGAUCCGUUGGCCGGACACUAUCAACAACAACCUACUGUGGGAGAGAACAAAUCAGAUCCCAGUGGAGGAAGAAAUCAGGAAGAAGCGCUGGAAGUGGAUAGGACACACAUUGAGAAAAACACCCAACUGCGUCACAAGACAAGCCCUCAUAUGGAAUCCUGAAGGCCGAAGGAGGAGAGGAAGACCAAAGAAUACAUUACGCCGGGAAAUGGAGAUAGAUAUGAGAAAAAUGAACAAGAAUUGGAUGGAACUAGAAAAGAAGGCCCAGGACAGAGUGGGUUGGAGAAUGCUGGUCGGCGGCCUAUGCUCCAUUGGGAGUAACAGGCGUAAGUAAGUAAGUAAGUAAAGCAAAAAUACCUAUUUUUCCACCGGCUAAUCCUCAAUCAACACUACAACUAGUUAAAAAUGAUGGUUUCAGGAUAUCGUCAUAAAGCAUUGUCAUGACUUGACAAUCACGUAAUAUGAUUGAUAAAAUUGACGAAACUAUUAGCAAAUCGGUCAGCAAAUCGACUUAUUAUUAUCCUUAAGUAGUGUUGUUUUUCUUUUCAUUCACUACGGAUGAUUACAGUAUGUUUAUCAGUUGCUCAUUCAGUAAAUAUCUCAAAACCUUGUCAGUCUAAUUGGAGGUUUAGCGACACAAUCAUGCAUGCAAACAAUCAGUAUAAGCAGUUGAGCAAAUCUCCUGCAAACUGAAAACAUCAAUGUCGAAUUUAUCUCAACACUGACUGAGGUUCAAGCCAUUAUCAUAGACAUGAGUUGAGAGUGAACUCCCCUUGGUUACACCUUAUGUUCUUCCUGGUAAUUCCAUGAGCAUCACUCACUGUUAAUCAUCUUGUAAAAACUUAUUUAGACGAAUACAUCUUGCAGCACCACAUCACCUAAAAAUGUGGCACAUAGACCUAACUGAUUCCAGUAACUUAUAAUCACUAUAUCUCAAUGAAAUAGCAUUCCGUCUUAUACUAAACUGACACUCUCAACUAACUUGUAUGUACCAUCAGCCGAUAGGUACGAAUAUAAAUAAAUAGUCUAUGGCAAAUCAGAACAUUGAGUCUAGAGCAUAUCUCUAACGGGUACACUCAUGUUUAACGAAUCGCUCUUAGCUAUAUGUCCAAAGUCCACAUAAUGAUUACUUUUCACGUAUUUAAAAAUUUUCGAUAACAAUUCAUAUGUAUUAGUUGUAUUACUAAAUUCUAUCACGGUCAAGUACAAACGAGGUCGAGAAAAUCUCCCCAUAUCUAAAUAAACCGUAUCAAACUAACUGGAACACUAGUUGGAAUUCUUCUCCGCGAUUAUACUUUUGUUCUUUAAGUUAGCCUACUAAUACAGAUCCAAUUGGAAAUCAACGCAUGGACAAAUUACCGGCACAUACGUUAUUUGAUCUCAUAAUUUCGACCAAAUAUAAUACCACUUUUAACAUUUCUCUAAUAUUGGCUGUUUUUAAUAUUCCUAAACAGGAAAUGUUAUUAACCUACGGAUAUCACUACGUAUCUUACGGCACUUUAUUAAAAUAUCCUUAUACUGAAUCAUUUUAUUAUUAUUAUAAUCCCACUUUGCUUAGCUCGAAUAAUAUUUACCUAAAUUUUCAUUUUAAUCGUGUUAAACAUGCAAUCAGAUAUGUUAGAAUUACUACAUGUAUUUCCCGACCAGAUGCUGCUGCCUUCUUUUCGAUUUAUCUUCCAGCUUAUCUUUUAUUCAUAUUAAAUAUAUUGUUCCAUCUCUAGCCUAAGCUUGUCCUCUAUCACGUAUUGAUAAUUGUUACAAUGCAAUGAAUUGGUGUAGGCGAUGAUGUAACUUCCACGUAAGAUCUUAUAGAUUAGGCAGUUACAUCAUGAUAAAUCUACAAUUUUAGGAUUAGGUCUAUUAUUAGAGCAGUGCUAAUAUCAUAGUAGACCAUAAUUCUACACAUCCACUCUCUGUGUUCUCUCAAACUCUAAUCUUCUGAAUUCUUCAUGUCCUUUAUUUUCUUUCCAAAUUUAUUUCACUGGAUUAUACUUCUUGAAUAACAUCAUCAAACCCUAAUGUUCCCUAUCACUACUUAUACUUUCACGACAUCUACUACUACCACUACGGGAUUUGCAUCGAUAACUGAAUCUCUGUGUUAAUGUGGUGUGGCAACUCGAACUGAUGUACGUACGUACAAAGUUCCACGUUGUUACUGAGUGACUGAGUUAGCCUACUAAUACGAGUUGGAAAUCAACUCAUAUGGACAGCUUACAGGCAUAAACUUUAUUUAAUUUUAUAAUUUAAGCCAAAACUAAUACCAAUAUUAGCAUUUUUACAAUAUGGAUUGCUUUUAAUAUUUAUAAACACAAAAUACUUACUACCUAUAAGUUACGUUAUUAACCAACGGUUAUUAACACGCGUCUUACGUUUUAUCAUUAUUAUUAUUAUUACGGUGACUCAUUAAAAUAUCCCUAUACGGAGUCAUUUUAUUAUUAUUAUAAUCCCACUUUGUUUAGCUCGAAUAAUAUUUACUUAAAUUUUCAUUUUAAGCGUGUUAAACAUGAAAACAGGUAUUUUGAAAUUUUUACAUGUAUUUCCCAACCAGAUGCUGCCUCCUUUUUUAUUUAUCUUUCAGUUUAUCAAUACCCGGAGGAUUCUUAUGAUUAUUGGCAACCUCCGGCACGUGACGAUCCCACUCAAUUUUGUACCGAACCAACGUCACGUUGAUUCUGGUGGGAGAGUAGUGUAGUGGCAUUGAGCCCUACCACAAGACAAUAUGGCAAAUACACAUUCUACAUUGAACGCGGAGAAAUACAAAACAAUGGAGAGAGGCGGGAAAAAUGAAUAGGAAUUAAUCAGAGUCCAUCGGGUGGCAUGGCUCGGUCAUGAAGGCGUGGUCCCUGCUCAAUCUCACCUUAUAUCAUUUAUUCAUAUGAAAUAUAUUGUUCCAUCUC